AUGCGCUCCGGUCGCGGCUUCGCGCUGCUGCUGCUCAACGGGACGACGUGCUUGCUGGUUCUUGGGCAGGAAGACUCAUCCCUGAGACAUAAGGACCCUCCCAGAGAGCAGUCCAAGUCUAUGGGUGUCGUGGGUGAGCAGGGUCUCUCCCCUCUUGGUCGUUGGAUGCUGCACACAAAAAGCCGGGCAGCCAACACUACUGAGUUGGACCUGCCCUACCAGCCUCCGGUUCCCUUCUCCAAGCAGGAGUUCUGGGAGAUGCUCGGUAGUGACCUGCGGCCUGAUUUGCCUGCCUCACGGGUAAAGCGGCGCCCCAUCGUCAAGACAGGCAAAUUCAAGAAGAUGUUCGGCUGGGGUGACUUCUACUCCAACAUCAAAACAGUCCGGCUGAAUUUGCUGAUCACCGGCAAGAUUGUGGACCAUGGCAAUGGCACCUUCAGUGUGUAUUUCAGGCACAACUCCACAGGCCAGGGCAACAUCUCUGUCAGCCUGGUGCCACCCGUAAAGGCCGUUGAGUUUGACUUGGAGCGCCAGAGUGUGGUCUACCCCAAGGACUCCAAGAUCUUCAAUUGCCGGGUGGACUAUGAGAAGGUGGAUCGCAACAAAAAGACAUCGCUUUGCAAUUAUGACCCGUCCAAAACCUGUUUCCAGGAGCAGACACAGAGUCACGUCUCUUGGAUCUGUUCUAAACCCUUUAAUGUCAUCUGCAUCUAUAUCUCCUUUUACAGCACGGACUACCGUCUUGUCCAGAAGGUCUGUCCUGACUACAACUACCACAAUGAGAUGCCCUACCUCCCAUCUGGGUAGAUGAGUGGAUGAUUUUAUCAAAGGGGCAUUGAACGGAGCACAUUUUCAACAUUGUUGUGCAGGAGACUUGAGGAAGGGCUCAGGGAACUGCCUUUUAGGACUCCGACAUACAGUAUGAGAUACCAACAUGACUACCCUUAUCUUUAUUUAUCCACGUACUUAAUUUUAUGGAAAUCCUGUGCAGGAUUUUUCUUUUCUUCUCAGAGUGCACCUAAAACUUUAUGAAGUUUUUUGUUGUUUUACCUCUUCCAAAGAUAAAUGUGACAAGACCCUCAGUUUGGUUCCCCACCUGUGAACUCCAGUCUAUGAGAACAUCAAUGCACACCUCAAGAGAUAAGGUUGGCCUAGUCAAGGGAAUCUUACAUUUUAACAUUAUACAUUCCAAAAACAAAGUCCACAUAAAAUAUUACAGGGGAAAGUUCAGAAAGUAUAGUGUUGCAACUCACCAGACUGGCAGUGGUUUAGUUAAUUCCUGUUUAACAAUAGCUAUUCCAGUGCAAUC